CAGCCCUGCUUCAAGUUGUGCCCAGUGCGCGCAUGAAUCAGCUCUCACAGCUUGUUAAAGCUGGACCUCUUGUUUUCAUGCCCUCACCUCAGGAAACAAGAGUUACAGCAUCUCCAGCUCAACUCAGCAGGGGGCCAGGGUCCUCACUUUAUAAACAUCCUCAGCCUGUGAAAGAGGGCAUCGAGAUGGUGUGAGAGAGAAGCCCAGGGAGAGAGAAAAACUAAGACUCAAGGAGCAAAGCAAAGAAAAGAAAAGCCAAGCCGACAAAACCAGAGUAGCCUGAACAGAAGCCAAGAAGGGUCCAAGAGGGCUGUGCCACAGAAAUGGCCCUGAGAAUGCUCUGCACUGGACAGGCCAAGUGGACCCUAGGAGACUGGGGGACCAUCUGCUUGGUGGUGUCUCUACUUCUGCAGUACCCAGGAGUCCACAGCAAGUGUUACUUCCAAGCUCAAGCUCCCUGUCAUUAUGAGGGGAAAUAUUUCACCCUGGGUGAGUCUUGGCUCCGCAAGGAUUGUUUCCAUUGUACCUGUCUGCAUCCUGUCGGUGUGGGCUGCUGUGACACGUCUCAGCAUCCCAUUGACUUCCCUGCUGGGUGUGAGGUUCGUCGGGAGGCAGGAAGCUGUCAAUUUUCCUUGGUGCAAAAAUCUGAUCCUCAGCUACCCUGCAAAGGUGGAGGGCCUGACACAGAGUGGGGCUCAGCUCCCCAUCCCAGCUAGAACUCACCUGAUCACCCAU